GUAAGUAAGUAGUACUUUAAGGUCAUUAAUAAUGUUGAAGUUUGGAAGUAUAAUACAAAAGAGAGGUGUGUCAUCUAGUGUGAGGGUAUUUGCUAAUUACGGUAAACCCCAAAACCCACCUAUUGAUACUUCUAUUCAUAUGAGAAUUCAACCUAUUGUUAGAGAAGGUGAAACUAUUGAUGUUAAAAGAGCUAGAUUGGUUUAUCAAUCUAGAAAGAGAGGUAUACUUGAAAGUGAUUUAUUAUUAUCUAGAUUUGCUAAGAAGCAUUUAAGUACCUUUAAUGAUGAGGAAUUAGAUGAAUAUGAUAAAUUAUUGGAUGAACCAGAUUGGGAUAUUUAUUAUUGGGCUACAAAGAAUUAUACUGUGACUCCAUUACCUGAUAAAUGGAAGAAUUCAAAGAUUUUACAAUUAUUACAACAUGAUGCUGAAAAUAAAGACAGAGAAAUACUAAGAAUGCCUGAAUUGGAUUUGAAAAAUACCAAAUAGGUAUAUGCAUUUGUCAUUGAUCAUAAACCUAUGAAUUGAGGUUUUGUAUAUAGAUAUUAUUAAACUAGAGAUAUUCAUGAUUUAACUACGUUUACAAUUUACAUAUUCUUG